ACUCAUAAAAAAAAUCACCGCGGGUGCGACGAAGCUCGAAGUCAAGCAAGAAAAAUACCUUUCGAGUCAAACAAGGCAAAAGUGUCAAGCUAGCUAUUCGAAAUCAAGUCAAAAGUCGAGAGCUCGAAGUCGAACAGGUGCAGCGUACAGUAGCACUCCGAUUCCGUGGAUUGUGGAAGAGAGUGUUCAUGUUAGUAUUGUUACAUGACUGUAUCCAGAUUGUGUUAUAUUACUUAUUAGUGUAGGGCUCCUAUUUUUGUUUCACUCCUGAAGUAAGUCUCGUAAUGUACCAGAGCGUAGAAGUAGAUCAUGUCUGAAGCAGAAGCUCGGUCGCCGGAAUCAGCCAAAGAGCGGCUGCAAGAGAGACUCAGUAGUCGUUCAGAAGCUGAAGCCUCGAACAACGAAGAGCUUGCAGCCAAUGAAGAAACUCUUGACCCGUACGGUUUUGUUCGUGGAGAUCGAUUUGAUCAUGCUGAGUAUGACACCUUCAACGCUGCAUAUACAACUGUGUUGGUGAGACGUACCAGGCGUUGGACAUCAGUUAAUUAUAAUGCACGGCAUAGAAGAUUGAAGCGGUAUAUUCGGAAAGGCGUGCCAUCCAGCAUGCGUCGUGAAGUGUGGUUAUCAGUAUCAGGUGCAUCGGACCUCCUGGCUGAAUCACCGGGACUCUACGAUGAACUGAAAGACAUUUCUAAACUGGAAGAGAAACACAGCAGACCUAUUGAACUCGACAUUCAUCGCACCCUUACAGACAAUGUAUAUUUUCGGCUGGACGGGGACAAAAGCAAAUUGAAGCUUGACUCGCUGCGCAAUGUUCUUGUUGCCAUUGCGAAGCAUCGUCCAUCGAUUGGCUAUUGUCAGGGUUUGAAUUUUGUGACAGCAUAUCUUCUCCUAAUUGUGGAAAAUGAGGAAGAAGUGUGGCUGAUGAUUGCCUUGUUAGAUUCCUUACCUGACUAUUAUGGCGAUAAGCUGCGUGGCAUGCAAAUGGACUGCUACGUGCUUCAGCAGCUGGUUAAAAUGAAAAUGCCACGGCUUCAUGAUCAUUUCCUCCGGCAUAGCUGCUCUGUGGACCUGUUUGCUACGAAGUGGUUCAUUAACCUGUUCCUUGACUGUCUCCCACAAGAGACAGCGUUCAGAGUUUUGGAUUGUUUGUUCUACGAGGGUUCUAAAGUGCUGUUUCGUGUCGCGCUGACCAUACUCAAGCAUGAAGAAGAGCGCCUCCUGUCUUUCUCUGACAUCGGUGACCUGCUGAUGUUCAUGAAGGUACAUGGCAUUGUGCAGUGUAGAUCUACAGUGCUGCUCAAAGGAAUGCACAGCCCAGAGUGUUCAGAAGGCUACCACGCCAUGAUGCCCGGUGUUAGCUGACUAGUCCAGGCGGAUAUCACUGAGCAGCA